AUGACAGUGGACACGCCGCUCAUAAUCAACGAGGAGACUCUGGAAGAGCUCCAGAAACAGGACGAUUCACUGUCCAAGCUUGUGCGUUUGAAGAAGAUGUACCACAACGGGUUCUACUCAGACUUUGAGCUGACCAUUCUACGAUCGAAACCGAACGACUGUCCAAUUGUACAGAAAUACUCGAAAAUCGAGUCAUUCAACCACUGCGGCAAGUCUGUGACGCUCAACACUUUUUUCAGUGAACAUCCUCUGCGAGAGUACCAGAAGAGAAACGACCCAAAUCUACAGCACGACAUUCUGGAGAAGAUCGAGUCGCUGCCGGUUCUUGUGUUUAUUCAUGGUCUAGGCGGUCAGCUAUCGCAGUUUGAGCCGAUUUUGCAGGAAUUCCGCAACUGUGCCGACGUCUUCGGCGUUGACCUUCCUGGCUUUGGCAACUCCAAAGUGAGCACGAAGACGCACAAAUUCAGACUAACCCAGUACACAGACGAGGAGCUGGCGCGCUUGGAGCAGGAUACUAAGAAGCUUGUUCCAGAAGACUACACGAGCGAAAAUAUUGCAGGUCUGCUGAACACCAUUCUGUCGACCAAGUUUCCUAAUAGACGGUUUAUCCUCAUCGCGCAUUCAAUGGGCACGCAUCUGGCCACCAGACUAAUCUCGCUGCUGCCAGAGAACAAGGUCGAGUCGCUAGUCAUGAUCUCGCCACCCAAAUUGGCCCCAAUGAACCUCCCUCGCGCUCUCAAGAUGGCUCUGGGCGUGUUUACCUAUCUGCCACGCCUGUUCGACGUUUACCGCUUUGUGGACCGCGUGGGCGGUCUGUACUCGCCGUCGGUGAACAAAUUCAUUUAUCCAGAGAACAAUGACUGGCUGAAGAGAGCCACACAGUUUCGAUGGAACUUGGACACCGAGUCCGAGACGUUUCUUAAUUAUUUGAACGGCUUUCAUCUUGUGACCUCUGCAGAGCUGGUGGCUGCUGCCAAAAACAUCAUCAAUUCCACCAGCGAGCCGCGAAUACUGAUAUGUUGCGGAGACGCCGAUAGCGUCACGCCAUACCAUGCCAGCGAGGCAAUUUCCAGGGAAUUGGAGUCAAACGGUAUUUUAUUCAAGCUGGAGAAGAUCGACAGAGCCAAUCACUCCGUUUUUCUCGACAGACCGCACUAUCUGACCGGAGUUAUCUACCAAUUCGUCGAGAGUCUCCAGUUGAACGUCAGUUGCACCUGGGUUUUACAGGUGAAGGCGCAGAUCAGCGGUGACAAGUGGGGGCUGAAGAAUAAGGAGAAAUGGGACAGAGUGGUGACAAUCUCAGCGCCGCUACGUGUUUCUGGAAAGCCAGAGGCGCCUUUGUUGGGCAUGAAGACGCUUCGUCAGACCGACGAGGUGCACAAUCCUUCGGUUUUCGAAAAAGACCAUCCAGAAGUGAUGGCCAUCAUAGAUAUCGGGUCGGAUACCCCUGCGUACGACCCGGCGGAUUUCAAAAGAAUCCGCUACGUCAAGUUCAAAACCGAGUCGAAGGUCACGCCCGACAACGUGACGAUUGUCAAGUUCAUUGCAGUGGCACACGAGAUUGCCAGCGAGCUCUCAUCGGGCCAGUAUAUAGGCGUGCACUGCCACUACGGCCAGAACCGCACCGGGUUCUUCAUCUGCUGCUACUUGGUCGAGAAACUUGGCUGGACGGUGAAAGAGGCACUCAAUGCGUUCGAGGCCGCCAAACCACCUGGAAUCCGCCACGAGCAUUUCAAAAACGCUCUCUAUCUCAGAUACGGUGAAUAG